AAUCUCCUAUAGGAUUAGAACUUGAUAUUUAUUAUCCAGAAUAUGGUCUUGCAAUUGAACAGGAACAGGAUCAACUUAAGAAUGAAUUACGUGAAGAAAACUGGAUUGUUUUAAGAUAUGUCAGGUACUAUGAAGACCCAUAUAUAAUUAUUCCAGAACAUCUUUGA